UUUCAACCCCAUUGGCAUGUCUCCAGGUUUCUUUUCCUGCGCAACAGCCGAGAGUCGUCUUGUGAGCGCGUUCUGGUCAGACACAGGGUCCCCAGGCAACUGAGACUGUUUCAAAGGCUGAAAACCAAACCCUUGAUGACAGAAUUUUCCGUGAAGUCGACCAUCAUUUCCCGGUAUUCCUUCACGACGGUUUCCUGCAGAGUGCUGAAUAGAGCUUCGGAGGACCAGGAUGCUGAGUUCCAGAUGCAGAUUCCAGCUGCGGCCUUCAUCACCAACUUCACUAUGCUUAUUGGAGACAAAGUUUAUCAGGGUGAAAUCACAGAGAAAGAGAAGAAAAAUAGCAACAGGGUAAAACAGGGAAUGAAUCAAACCAAAGAAGAGAACCGGGAGAAGGGGACGGAACUGUUCAGAGCGUCUUUAGUGGUUCCCAGCAAGGACAAAGCUGUCUUCCUCUUAAGUUAUGAAGAGCUUUUGCAGAGACGGCUGGGGAAGUAUGAGCAUGUCAUCAGCGUUCGACCCCAGCAGCUGGUUGGCAGGCUUACUGUGGAAGUGAAUGUUCUGGAGCAGUCCGGCAUUGCUUCGCUGGAGGUGCCUCCCCUGCGCAACAGCAGGCAGAAGGGCAGUGGGACGGCGGAAGGUGAUUCGGGGCCUCCUCCUUCUACUGUUAUCAACCAAAAUGAAACUUUUGCUAAGAUCAUUUUUAAGCCUAGCGUGGUACAGCAAGCCAAGAUAGCCCAGAAUGGCAUUUUGGGAGAUUUCAUCGUUAGCUAUGAUGUUGACAGAGAACACAGCAUUGGAGACAUCCAGGUUCUGAAUGGCUAUUUUGUGCACUACUUUGCACCGAAAGACCUUCCACCUUUACCCAAGAAUGUGGUAUUUGUGCUUGACAGCAGCGCAUCCAUGGUAGGAACCAAACUCCGCCAGACCAAGGAUGCCCUCUUCACCAUCCUUCAUGACCUCCGGCCCCAGGAUCACUUCAAUAUCAUCGGAUUUUCCAACCGGAUCAAAGUGUGGAAGGACCACUUGGUGUCAGUCACGCCCAACAACAUCCGGGACGGCAAAGUCUACAUUCACCACAUGUCACCCAGUGGAGAAACAGCCUUGUGUAUCUUUUUCCUGCAGAGCAGCAAUGGCUUCAAGCUGCUGUCCUUUUGGGGUGCAGCUUUGUUCUACGAUGAGAUCAGGACCCCACUCCUCUCAGAUAUCCGCAUUGAUUACCCAUCCAACUUAGUGAAGCAUGCCACCCAAACCCUGUUCCCCAACUACUUCAAUGGCUCGGAAAUCAUCAUUGCUGGGAAGCUGGCGGACAGGAAAAUGGAUCAAUUGCAUGUGGAGGUCACAGCCAGCAACAGUAAGAAGUUUGUCUUACUGAAGACAGAUGUGCCCGUGGAGCCCCAGAAAGAGGGGAAUGAUGUCACCGGUAGCUCCAGGCCCAAGGGUGGUGGCCAGGAGGACCCCAACCACGUCGAGCGUCUCUGGAGCUACCUCACCGUGAAGGACCUGCUGAAUGCCUGGCUGAAGACUGAUGAUGAGCAGGAGAAGGAGCGGCUGAGGCAGAAGGCUGGGACCCUGGCGGUGAAUUACCACUUCCUCACCCCGUUCACCUCCAUGAAGCUAAAGCGACCAGCUGAAGAGACUCACACGGAGAGCCUAGAGCACGGCUAUGGUGGCAUGUCGGCCGUGGCAGGCCCUGAAACCGUGAUGCAAAGCUUACGAGGAGCUAACAUGCAACCAGGGCCUGCCCUCAAGAAACCAUACGACCCAAGAAUCAAAAUCUCCAAAACGUCAGCGGAUGGAGACCCCCAUUUUGUGGUGGAUUUCCCCUCGAGCCAGCUCACGGUCUGCUUUAACAUUGAUGGACAACCGGGAGACAUUCUAAGGCUAGUCUCUGAUCACAUGGGCUCUGGUGUGACUGUGAAUGGAGAGUUAAUCGGGGCCCCUGCUCCUCCAAAUGGCCACAAGAAACAGCGCACAUACUUCCACACGAUCACCAUCCUCAUCAAUAAGCCAGAGAGAUCUUAUCUUGAAAUCACACCCAAGAGAGUCAUCUUGGAUGGUGGGGAGCGGCUGGUCCUCCCUUGCAAUCAGAGUGUGAUGGUGGGGACUCGGGGACUGGAGGUCUCAGUAUCUGCCAAUGCCAAUGUCACCGUCACCAUCCAGGGCACUAUUGCCUUUGUCAUCCUCAUUCACCUCUACAAAAAGCCAGCGCCCUACCAGCGAAACCACCUGGGCUUCUACAUCUCCAAUAGCAAAGGCCUUUCCAGCCACAGCCACGGGCUCUUAGGUCAGUUCCUGCACCAGGAUGCUAAGCUCACAGAGGAGCCUGCAGAGCAGAGCAAGAACCGUAGUGUCCUCCCAUUCCUGCCCGCCGACCAGAGGUCCGAGACUGUCCUGAAGGUGAAAGGGCACCAAGUCCCAGUGGUCUGGAAACAAAGGAAGAUCUACAAUGGAGAGGAGGAGAUUGACUGCUGGUUCGCCAGGAACACUGCUGCCAAACUGAUCGAUGGGGAAUAUAAACAUUACCUAGCAUCUCAUCCUUUUGACACAGAGACUGUGUUUGGCCCGGGCAUGCCCAGGGGAAUCUGAAGCCAGCGGCCUUAAGGAUAGAGGGCCGGGGAGGGAAUUGGUCUGGGGACAUCACAGUGAGGCUCUUCUUGUUGCUUGUCCAUGCCUGUCUCUUGGCAGUGGGCUGCACUCCAUAACAGAAUGCACCCUGGUGGAGUGUGGGUCCACUGUCUGCUUGAACAAAGGGUCAGGGCAGGAAGCUUGUGUGAAACUUCCUUUCACUUCUGCCUGCCUGCCUUCUUCCUUUCUGUAGUUGCUAUGAGCAGCCAGUAGCCUACUCGGAAAUUCUCCUACUGAAUCUCCCAACCAAGCUAAAGAUCUUGGCAAUGUCAGCUUCACUUUGGGAGAUUUCAUGCUCGUCCUUUGAAUUCAAUGUGAAUAAUCGCACCAAGCGGGGAAAGAACAUAAUCUGAGAAAGCCAAUGGCUCUGACUACUAGUUUCUCCUUCUCAGAGCCUUCCAUAAGGUGACCCGUUUGAUGAAGGAAAGUUGUCAUACCUCCUCCUCCCACACACACUCCCCCCUUUUCUUUGUGGGAAUUGCCAAGGUGGGUGCUCUGCUUUCUGCCUUAUACUAAUAUUUGGUCAUCUCUGCGUUCUCCAGAAGUGUGACCAACCUCUGCCUCCAGGGGUCUCUUGUUGGGCCCGGGCCCUGGGUUGUGCAAAUGGCUCAUCGAUUUGAUCAUUGUAAACAAAGGUUUUCUUAGGAGAAGAUUUUCUGCUGCCAAGAUGUCUUGCCUUUAAAAAUUAGUUUUAAUAAAGUUUGGUUGGAAACAGA